UCUAAGAUCUGACAGGAGGAAGACGGAGGCGCGCUACGCCACCCAUUCGUUCGCCGAUCUGCAGGGAUGGAUUUUCGUGCCCGGAUUCGAUCCUUUGGCACAUUUGUUCGCAUGAAGCUGUAUCAAGUGGAUAAGACCCCUGAUGAGCUUGAGGUUACUAAGAACACCAGGCUAGAAGAUUGCGGGAUACUAUGUGGCCUGGGUAGUUUGAUUCUGUGCUGGGGUGGAACUGGAGAUGUAUUAAAAGCCAUCAACUGGACCAACAAGAACCACGCAUACUACUGUGUGAUAUACUUCACUUUCUCUCUACUUAUAAUGUUCAUGGGGUUGGUAUCAGCUAAAUUCCCUGACACAGCACUGAUGCCUAUCUUUGUUGCUGGCCUGGGAGCAUGGCAAGCUAUGAUAGUGAUGUCCAUAUUUUCCUCUUAUCACUUGGGUAUAGUUCACUACCUUCCCACACCCGAGUACACAAUCUUCUCCAUGAUGGCAACAUCGCUCCCAUUUACUUUGUAUUGGGGGUUGAGUGUCCAAGACCCUUCGAUUCCAUACAAGAUGGGACGGGUGGUGAUCUGGACCAUUACCUUGCCUUACCAUGUUGUGGUCUGGAUUGAAUCAUUAGGAUGCAAAGCUGGUACAUGGAUUCAAGCAAAAUGGGAAAAUGCUCGUGUGCGAGUUGGUGGAACAUUACCAGGAUUUUCCUCGGUGCCACCACAGCCAAAUGCAUAGGUGAUGCAAACAAUCCUUGCUAAGUGAUGAAAAUAGGCCAGAUAAUUGUGAAUACAAAUAGGAUGGCGUAAUGUACAAGUAGGACUUCCCUCAUCGUCUCGCUGAUUGCUAGGAGACAGCAAGGUGCCUCAGUUUGUCCGAUGCAAAUACAAGACCAAGUGUUUCUGGGCUUUUCUCUCGUCCCAUGUACUAAAGACUCAGUAGUUGGUUGUCUCUUGGGCAUAGCCUUUAUUUGCAGGAUUAUGUGUUUCAUUAGGUUGUCUCUUGGGCAUAGUCCCCAUGUUGUCUCCUUUCAUGGAUUCUUUAUCUCCUUACAUUGAUUGGUCUUUAGCUGGUGCAUUUGAAUAGCAACAGUACAGCUCCUGUACUUUCCGAACUGAUGUGGAGAAUUUAUUCUUGUUUGCACCUCAAAUAUGUUAGUGCAUACAAGUCAUUGUCGUUUUGUUCUCAUUUCAAAUUACAGUGGUCAAUGUGUUCCAGUAAA